CGUCAACUCGUAUCACAUGACUUGAGUUGAGCAACAACUAAAGGAGAAGACCUGCUCCACUUGAUGAUCUAAUUGUAACAGAUUGUGGAAAAGCAUUACUGAGACAAGACAACAACACUGGGCCAAUCAGGAGAGAGAAGACAGAAAUGAUGGAGGAUUCUUUAUAAAAUUAAGAAAAUUAUGGGCAACUCUGACCAUCCUCUUCAUGAGACCGUCUUGAAAAAACACAGUAUCAUCAGUCAGAGGCUUCUUCAAAUUGCUGUAACACAGACCGCUACAAGAGAUCUUUCCUGCCAACAGCAAUCAGCCAUCUGCAAUAACUCUGUGAAGAAUCUGAAUUGAUGAGCUACAACAUUUAAUUUUCCUUUUGGAGCAAUAAAGUAUUUUUGAAUUUAAUUUUGAAUUAGAAUUUUUUUUACUAAUUUAGGCUUCACGGCAGAGAGACGUUUUCCCAUUUGGCGGACUGACAGUUAACAAUGAAAGCAGAAAUAUAAUGUCGCACCAGUUGUGAACUUAGACUGGUUGGCCAGUAGGUGGCAGCAUACGGCGUGAUGAACAAGAAAAUACAUCUAUUUUCUUGUUCAUCUUGGUAAAGUUCAACACUUUACCAAGUGUAAAGACAACACUUUACACUUGGUAAAGUGUUGUCUUCAAAAUUCAACUUUACUGAUCCCAAAGGGAAAUUAAAUGUUGUUGUGAGUCACACAGAUUUGGUUAAUGAUAACAUUACCCAAACCACGAAUUUCAGUAAUUACAUUCAAACUAAUCAAACUCAAUUUCUCAGAAAAUAAUCCUAAAUAAUAACUAAUUAAAAUGGAUUUUAAACACAGAAAUAGUCUAAUUAUGGUAAGGCUGAACAAUAUUACAAUAUCAUGAAAUAAGUGUCUUAUAUCUGUAUCAAUAAUGUUUUUGUUAGUUUUUCUGUUUUCAAUAUUUGGAAUACAUUCUUGUUUUAUCCAUAGUUUUCACAUCACAAUGCUUUUUAAUUUCUUUUUUUUAUUUCUAAGCAAUUAUGAGGAAUGGAGGUGAAACCAGAAACUGCUGCUGCGCAAGUGACUCAACAGGCUGUUGCUAGGUAACCAAAGAGCGAGAACAUUAUUUGAUUCCACCAACCUUGCUUAGCUAGAGAGACGUUGAGUUGGCGUCAGCUGGGUCAACAGGCCCGUUUCCCCUUUUUCUGUUUUCGGACACAAUGUUUCCUUUUGACCUGUGGUCCUCGCACCCUGCUGUGCCAGUCCAUUGGCUCCCCAGUGUGGAUUUCAGCCUUGGUGACAUAUUACCAGCUGAACUGUCUCCAAUAGCCAUCAGCUAAGCCGAGCAGCGUUCAGCCGUAAAGUUUGUUUUUAUUCAAACUUCAGCAGUUUUCUAGUUGUUCUGCUGAGGCAGUGACAUCAAUGUGUGACAUCACGCAAAUUGAUGUCACAAAGAGCGAUGCACACUUUGUGGAGCUAGAGGGCAUCACAGAGCUGCACGCUUGAAUUCUACGGUCAUAACCAUUGAAGAAGAGAGACAGAGAGCACGUAGUAGUAUCCUAACAAGAGAUUGAAAAUGAAAGCUUUUCGAGAUAAAGAGGCAAAUUCUAACACACAAGUAAAGAAAAUCAUUGAGAAAUUUUCGGAUUUGUCCAGAGAAACGGGAUCAACAAUAAGUCGCAGCAGUAAGACAUCAUCUUGUGAUUCUGGGAAGGAAAAAGUACAACAGACAUUAGCUGAAGAGACACAGAAGCUCCAUGGAAUAUUGAAAGAAGUUGGCAUGAUGUCCAUUGUAAAACAGUCUCUGAUUGAAAGAAAUGAGGAGCUGAAGAUGCAAGUUCUGAACAUAGAACAAGCUGCAUUUGAAAAAGACAAUCUGCUUCGAGACAAAGAUGAGAAAUUAAACAAACUGUUCCACGUAAACAGAACGUUAAAGGAGAACAACACCACCCUGGAGCAGAAUACCACUGCCUUGGAGAACAAAAGCACCUCCCUGAAGCAGAGAAUCAAUGCCCUGGAGAAGGAAAAAAACACCCUGCAGCAGGAAAAAACUGCCCUAGGGCAGAAAAGCACCGCUCUUCAGCAGAGAAACAAUGUCCUGGAGAAAGAAAAAAAUACGCUGGAGCAGGAAAAAACUGCCCUAGGGCAGAAAAGCACCGCUCUGGAACAGAGAAUCAACGCCCUGGAGAAAGAAAAAAGUACCCUGGAGAAGGAAAAAACUGCUCUAGGGAAUAAAAACACGACUCUGAAACAUAUAAACCAUGCCCUGGAAAGGGAAAGAAAUACCCUGGAGAUGGAAAACACAAUUUUCGACGAGAUAAACACCGUCUUGGAGCAGAAAAGAGCCUCCUUGGAGGAGAAAAGCAACUUCUUGGAACAGAUAAACACCGCCCUGACGCUGAGAAGCACCUCUCUGGAGCAGAAAUGUUCUAUCUUGGAGAAUAUCAACACCACCUUGGAGCAGGAAAACGAGAUCCUGGAGCAGAAAAAUACUGACUUAAAGAAUAUGAACAUCGACCUGCAGCUUAAACUGGAGCAGCUGAACCAGCAGCCACCUAAACAGAAAAUCAGCGAAAACAUCAAAUCAGUUUCAGAUCAGCUACAGAAGCAGCCUAUAUUCAGACGUGUCAUCAGUGGCGUCUCCAAUACCUUCCUGAAAAUGUACCAAACAGGUACUAUCAGGUACUGGGUUGACACUUGGUACUGCUAAAUAAAGAAGUGUGAUGAGGGCUCCAAGCUUCAUGCUUGAGUAUCUGUGGCAGAAAGGCUAGAGGACAACAGAACUACCGUGUCAGGGGAGCUUGACACUUGGGGACUUAUGGUGGAAAAGCUUAACGCUUGAAAGAUGUUGACAGGAGAGCUUGAGGCCCGCAGGACUGCGGUGCCAUGGGAACUUGAGGCCAUCGAACACAGGUCUCCUUCGUCACCAGACAAUUCCUUUGUCGCCAGGUCAUCAGACCCUUAUUUAUCUUAUGAACUCUAGUUUUGCUUUUAUUUUAGUUAGGCGUCAGAUGAAGAGCUUGGGGUCAGCAGAGCCUCCCGGCCUGCCUCCAGGGCUUCGUAUCAAGUCCUGUUGGUCUCCAGGCUGACCUCCAGGGCUUCAUGUCAAGUCCUGUUGGUCUGCAGGCUGACCUCCAGGGCUUCGUAGCGAGUCCUGUUGGUCUCCAGGCUGAC